UUAAUGUACAGUCACAGACAAUAACCCUCCUUUCUCUCUUCUUCUUCUCUUUCCUACGAGCAAAAAAAUAAAAAUAAAAUAAAAAUCUUGCCCUUGAUGUCCAUAUUUUGCGCUUAUAAUUCUCUCUCUUGCUUUUUACCCUAAAAAAGGCAUUGAUUUUGCUUCUUAAGAGACCACCCCUCUUCUUCCCCAAGUGUUUUUCAAGCCUCAGAGUGUAAAAGGAGAUUGCUUCAGCUUCACUCUUGAGAAUAUCAUAUUUGUUUUUAUAUACCCUUCUUCAAUUCUUUUCACUACAACCCCACGUUCUUGUUUGAGAUUUUGGUUGUGUGUUUUUGUUAGCAAUGGCACCAAGUUUUGAUUGUGCAGUUUCUAGUCUUCUAUGUGCAGAAGAAAACGACAGCGUUUUUUAUGAUAACGAGUACUCUGGUUGGGUUGGUGGUGGUGAAGUUGAAAGGUUUGAGGGAGAAACAUGGGAUCAUCAUAGAUAUUACCGAAACUUGAAUCAAAACCGAGUCUUUAAUGGCCUUGAUGAACAUGGUUUGCCAUUGCAGAGUGAUGAAUGUAUAGCUUUAAUGGUUGAAAAAGAACAUCACCAUUUGUCAAGUGUUGAUUACUUGAAGAGGCUACAAAAUGGAGAUUUGGAUUUAGAAGCUAGAAAACAAGCUAUGGAUUGGAUUGGAAUGGUUCAUGCUCAUUUUGGUUUUGGACCUCUUUGUGAGUAUUUAUCAAUAAACUACUUGGACAGGUUUCUCUCUGCAUAUGAAUUACCUAAGGGUAAAGCUUGGAUGAUGCAAUUACUCACUGUGGCAUGUUUGUCACUUGCUGCCAAAAUGGAAGAGACUGAAGUUCCAUUGAUUCUAGAUUUGCAGGUGGGAGAAUCUAAAUUUGUGUUUGAGGCUAAAACUAUACAAAGAAUGGAACUUCUAGUUUUGAGUACUUUGAAUUGGAGAAUGCAAGCUAUCACUCCAUUUUCAUUCAUUGAUUAUUUCCUUUACAAGCUCAAUGAUGAUGAUAAAAGAAUCCCACUUAGAAGCUUAAUCUUGAGAUCAAUCCAACUCAUUUCAAGCACAAUAAAAGGGAUUGACUUCUUAGAAUUCAAGCCAUCUGAGAUUGCAGCAGCAGUGGCAUUGUUUGUUGUUGUUGAAGCCAAUACAGUGGACACUGAGAAAGCCAUCUCUAUUCUUACUCACCAUGUACUAAAGGAGAGAGUGAUGAAAUGUGUUGAAUUGCUACAUGAAGUGUCAAUGGUUAAGUUAAGCAAUGCAUCAUUGCCACAGAGUCCAAUUGGGGUACUUGAUGCAGCAGCAUGCUUGAGCUAUAAAACUGAUGACACAACAUCAAUUGGGUCAUUUGCAAAUUCUUCACCUUCUUCUGUACAUACAAGUCCCAACAGCAAAAGGAGAAAGUUAAAUAGACCCUGUGAAGUGGAGCUUUAAAAACAUCAUAAAUGAGGGAUAUAUUCAUAAAAAAAAAAAAAAAAAAACCCAACACUCCUAUAUGUCUUUUUGCUACUGUUGCAUAGUAGGUUUGGGUGUUUUAGAGGGUUGAAAUAUGGGAAAAUGAAGGGCAGCCAUGAAAGGAAGUGUAUGGAAGAUUGAGAAACAGGGCAAUGUUCAUGGUGUUUUCAUGCAGAAGAAUCAUAAGCUGUUAAAUAUUUGAC